AUGAGCGCGCUCGCUGCAUCAUGCGCAGACGCACGCGAUACCGGCGCCAGCCGGAAACCGAGAGAAUCCGGCUCCGAUUGCGGCUACCGGAGUGGGGAUUUUGGCGCUAGGGUUUGGAGAAUUCGGCGAGUCCGGCUGACGGAGAUAAAGCGGGUUCGAUCAGGAAGGAGGAGGAGGAGGAGGAGGAGGACAGGGAGCGUCCGUGAAGCCGCAGCCAGCGGAGACUGCGGCGGACGAGAGCCAGCACCAGCAGAAACUGCCGCGGCGGCCGCUGAGCGAGCGGUGAGGCUAGUGUUCCGACAAGGCCGCAGCAAACAGUCACGACAAUUUGCCGCGACCGUUGCCCACGGCGGCACUGUGGCCCAGCUCGCCACCCAGCCUCGCGGCCCAGCUCCCUGCCUCCUCUCCUCGGCCCGCCUCGCGCUCCCUCCCCAUCGGCCCAGCUCGCUCCCCUCCCCACCGUCCCAAGGCCCAGGCAGCGCCCCCUGCGCCCCUCCCCUACCCUGGAGCGCAGAGCCGCCGCCACCGCCCAGGGUGGGCAAGGCCGCACCCGCGCCCCAGCGCCCCGAUGCCCGUGCCCCUCCUGGAUUCGCGCCACGCGGCCCGCCCACGGCACGGACGCCGAGGAUGGACGGCCACCCCGAAACCCUAGCUCACGGCACCUAUAAAGCAGCAGCAGCCGCCACCUCUCCCUUCUCCUCUGCUCCCUCCACCCAGCGCCGCCGCUCCCUGCUUCAUCCCCAGCCGCCGCCGUCUCCCUCCCCAGAACCGCGCGCCAAGCCCCAGCAGGAGCUCCGCGCCCUCGCCCGGCGACCUCGACGCCCCUGCCGCGAUGCCGAGCCGCCGAGCCGCAGCAGAACCGCGGCCACGACGUCGCCCGCGCCUCAGCCACGCCCCUGCUCCGAGUCCUAG